AUGUGGCUGCACAGACUUCAUGGGCAGCUGGGCAUCAUGGCCUGUGGGGUCCUGCUGCUCCUCCUCCAAGGCCAGGGCCAGGACUCAGUCAGCCCCAUCCGGACCAUCCACACCGGGCAGGUGCGAGGCAGCCUCGUCCAUGUGAAGGGCUUCAAUGCGGGGGUCCACACCUUCCUGGGAAUUCCCUUUGCCAAGCCACCUGUAGGACCACUGCGCUUUGCAGCCCCUGAGCCCCCUGAACCUUGGAGUGGUGUGAGGGAUGGAACCUCCCACCCAGCCAUGUGUCUGCAGGAUGCCAAAGCAAUGAACACACAGUCCCUGAAGCUGUUGAAUCUGACCCUGCCUUCCAUCCCCAUGUCAGAAGACUGUCUGUAUCUCAACAUCUACAUGCCUGCUCAUGCCCAUGAGGGCUCUAACCUUCCUGUGAUGGUAUGGAUCCAUGGUGGUGCACUAGUUAUAGGCAUGGCAUCCCUGUACGAUGGUUCUAUUCUGGCAGCCACUGAGGAUGUGGUGGUGGUCAUUAUCCAGUACCGCCUAGGUGUUCUGGGCUUCUUCAGCACUGGAGACCAGCAUGCCACUGGCAACUGGGGCUACCUGGACCAAGUGGCUGCCCUACAUUGGGUCCAGCAGAACAUUGCCCACUUUGGAGGCAACCCUGAUAAGGUCACCAUUUUUGGCGAGUCUGCAGGUGGCACUAGUGUGUCCUCACAUGUGGUGUCUCCAAUGUCCCAAGGACUCUUUCAUGGUGCCAUCAUGGAGAGUGGGGUGGCCCUGCUGCCCAGCCUCAUUGCCAGCUCAUCUGAAGCAGUUUCCACAAUGGUGGCCAACCUGUCUGACUGUGGGCAGGUAGAGUCAGAGGCCCUGGUAAGCUGCCUUCGAGGCAAGAGUGAAGAGGAAAUGCUGGCUAUUACCAAGGCCUUCAAGAUCAUUCCCGGUAUAGUAGAUGGGGCCUUCCUGCCCAGGCACCCCCAGGAGCUUCUGACUUCUGCUGAUUUUCAACCUGUCCCCAGCAUCAUUGGGGUCAACAAUGAUGAAUAUGGCUGGGUCAUUCCCUCGAGCAUGGGCACCACUCACCCCCAGAAGAAAAUAGACAGAAGGACUGUGCAGGCUGCUCUGCAGAGAAGAGCAGCACAGAUGAUGUUGCCUGCUGAAUUUGGUGACCUGUUGAUGGAGGAGUAUAUGGGGGACAAUGAAGACCCAGAUACUCUUCAAGGCCAGUUCCAGGAAAUGAUGGAGGACUUAAUAUUUGUGAUCCCUGCACUCCAAGUAGCACAUUUUCAGAGUUCCCAUGCCCCUGUCUACUUCUACGAGUUCCAGCAUCGGCCUAACUUUUUUAAGGACAUCAAGCCACCCCAUGUGAAGGCCGACCAUGGUGAUGAGAUUCUCUUUAUCUUCAGAUCCUUUUUCUGGGGCAAGCAAGUUGAGCUCACUGAGGAGGAGGAGUUGCUGAGCAGAAGGAUGAUGAAGUACUGGGCCAACUUUGCUCGAAAUGGGAACCCCAACGGAGAGGGCCUACCCCACUGGCCACUGUUCGACCAGGACCAGCAGUACCUGCAGCUGGACAUCCAGCCUGCUGUGGGCAAGGCCCUGAAGGCCCACAGGCUACAGUUCUGGACCAAGACCCUGCCUCAGAAGAUCCAGGAGCUACAGGGAGAUAAGGUGAAGCACACAGAGCUCUAG